AUGGGGCACCCGAGCAAUAGGGGAUCAUGGGGCCACUGUGUCCUCGCCCAAACCCAAAAAAGCCUAUGAAAAUGUCAAUGAAAGGUGCCCGAGUGCUCAAUGAUCAGUCCGCCCCUGGUACAUUACACACACACAAACAGAGACACCGGUGCACACACACAGACAUGUACACACACACAAGGGCGGACUGACAACUCAUGGGGCCCCCGGGCAAUAGGAGAUCAUGGGGCCCUUGUGUCCUUGCCCAAACUCAAAAAAGCCUAUAAAAACGGUACCAGGAUCAUCUCAUGGGGCCCCCUACUGAUCCUGGGCCCUCGGGCAGUGCCCGAGUUUCCAAAUGGUCAGUCCGCCCCCCACACACACAGACACAUGUACACACACAUACAAAUACAUACACACACAAAUACGCACACACACACACACGUACACACACACAUGCAAAUACACACACACACACUCCUAUAAAACGUAGUACUUUGUUUUAUU